AUGUCAAACGAUCUGGCCAGCCAGGCCGUCUGGGAAGCCAACCCGCUCUCGUUUCUCUACCGCCAGGCCGUCGUCACCCCGGCCGAGAUCCCGGAUCAGUUCGACCUCUCCGACUGCACUCUCAUCAUGACCGGCGCCAGCAGUGGCCUUGGACUGGAAGCCAGCCGCCAGUUCCUGGAGCGCUCGCUCGGCCACCUCGUUAUGGGCGUCCGGAACACAGCAAAGGGCGAGGCCCUUGCCGAGGGCCUGCGGAGGGAGUUCCCCAUGGCCCAGAUUCAGGUCUGGCAUCUCGAGAUGGAGUCGUACGAGAGCGUGCGGGACUUUGCCGCCCGCUGCAAGAAGGAACUCUCCCGCAUCGACAUCGCCAUCCUCAACGCCGCCGUCGUCGCCCAGUCGUACAUCCGCGCUCGCGAGGGUCAUGAGCUGAUGCUACAGGUCAACUACCUGUCGACCGUCCUGCUUGCCCUCCUCCUGCUGCCCGCUAUGAGGGAGAAGAGGCCCAAGGACGAGCCCGCGCGCCUCGUCCUUGUCAGCUCCGACCUGUCCUACUGGCACACCCCCGAGGAGGACAUGGUGACGGGGUCCAUGUUCAAGCCCGCCGACAACCAGAGGCUCUGGGAGUCGGACAAGAACUACGAGCAGUCCAAGUUCCUCGGCCAGCUCUUCGUCGCCAAGCUCGCCACCAUUCUCGACCCCAACGAGGUCAUCGUUAACCUGUCCAGCUCCGGCCUCACCGGUGGCACCAACAUUGUCAAGCCCGCGAGCGAGAGCUUUUUCACGGGUCUGAUCAAGAAGACGCUGGGGCGCAGCGUCGAGGUGGGCGCCCGGAGCUACCUCGACGCCGCCAUCGUCAAGGGGAAAGAAAGCCAUGGAAGCUUUACGUCGGACGGUGUGAUCAAGCCGUGGCCGUCGGUCAUGUACACCUCUGAGGGAACCGGGCUCAAGGAUAGGAUAUGGGCCGAGACCAGGAAGGAGCCUGGUUUCGCAGAGGCGUUUGCCGCAGUCGAAAAGGCUUCGUAG